AUGGACACGGAUAAUCAGCCGUCGUCCGCAGACAACUCGCCGGGGGAACACGAACGUCCGUCAAAGAUGGAUAAACACCGCCGGGGAUUUCAGUCGUUUUCCAUAGAUUCCCUGAUCGGGAACAACGGGGACGCGCCGUCCACGGCCUGCGAGCCACGAUUGCUGUCUCGAAUCGGCCAGUCUGCGGCCACGAUGACGUUGGGAGCGCGCGAAGUCCGGCCGGCGACAUCGGCGGCCGCUAGCAGAUCGCCGGCAGACGACGAGCGCUCGCCGCAACAUGUGCCGCAGCGGCCGAUCGAGUGCGGCAACGUCCACAACGACGACGAGGACGACAACGACGACGAUGACGGCUUGGCCGCCGAACGACACCGCCAGUUGUCCGCGUUGUUUUACUGCGGCGGAUUGUUGCACGGAUCCGACCCGGAAACUUCGGCUAGGUUCGGCCACGUCUUCAAAGCGUACCGCCAACAGCGUCCGACGGCGUACAUGCCACCGUGGCCGUACUUGUCGGACGCUUUCCCGGGGUAUCAAGUCGGCGAGCCGCACCGCAUUCAAGCCAGGGGUUCUCGACCCCCUUCGUUCACUGUCGACGAAGAUGACGAAUGCGCAGUCGUACCUAAAUCCACAGCAGACGACAAAGACUUGCUACUGGGAAACCAAACCGCAGAAAACUGUUUGACCGACGCCGAAGUGCUCCAAUUCAACCAAACCGCGUCCACCCAAAUUCCAGAAAACAAGUCCCGGAGAAGGAGGACGGCGUUUACCAGUGUACAACUUUUGGAGUUAGAACGCGAAUUCCAAGCCAAAAAAUAUCUUAGCUUGACCGAACGCUCAGAAAUUGCCAAUGCGCUGAAACUAAGCGAAGUUCAGGUGAAAAUCUGGUUCCAAAACCGACGGGCCAAGUGGAAAAGGGUAAAGGCCAGUCUGUUGUCCGCGCCAUCGAUGCAGACGUCUGCGGUGUGCGUAGGCGGCGGCGGCGACGACGGACACAGGAAUGGCGCAAACGGUUCCCGGAGAUCCAAGUGCGUAGCCGGCGGAAGUGCCGGCAAAAUCGUCGUUCCCAUACCGGUGCACGUCAGCAGGUUCGUGGUGAGGAGCAGACAUCAGCAGAUGGAAAAAUGUGCAUCCGGGUUUGCACACCUUCGCCACUUACAAUGCGGCGGUGGCGGUGGCGGCAACGUAACAAGGGAAUCGGCCAAAGCUCAACAGAUGCACCCCACCGAUUAUAAUGGAUCUCUAUAA